AUGGAACCUACAACUACCAAUACAAAAAAAGGUAUUGCUACUACGCGCAUGUAUUACAAAGAAUACAAGAAUCUUGAAUUUGAUGCCGCUAGAACACCACAGCAAAUCAAACGGUGGAAUCGUUUAAAAAAUAUGAUUAUUAGAUCAGAAGAACAUUUAACUCGACCUAAACCCUUCUUGGUUAAAGAUCGUUCUAAUGUUUACAAAAACUGCAACACUUGGUGGAACGAGACUCCAAAAGAUAUUGCGAAAGAUCAGGUGAAAGAAGUCAUAGAAGAACAAUGUUACAAAAAAGGACAGAUAGCUAAAACAGUGACACCAGAUACUGUACAAUUACAACAAGCUCGUUAA